UGCCACCAUUACGUGGACAAAACAGCGCGUUUAGUAAGAAAUAUUAUAAUAUGGUACGUGUAUCACUUUAUUAAUUAUAACUUUUUUUUUUACCCUUUUUUUUUGUCCCUAUCUGUCGUUUCUUUUUUUUCAUUCUUUGAAACGAUAUGUGAUCGAUCAAUUCAUUUUUGCAACAGAAGCAUGAUCCGAAAAUGAAACGGAAUGCCCCGCACGCUUAUAUCUCUUACAUGAUUUAUACGAACGAAAAUGCCAAAAGUAAAGAUGGUCCCUUACAGUCACAACCUCCACAGAACAUACCAAAUAGACAAAUCAUACCAAAUGGUUCUCCUCCAUUGAAUGAACAUGGGAUGUUAAAUCCGCCGAUGGUAUCCCAUCAUCAACCACAAGUAAAUGGUAAUAUGUAUAAUUCUCGUGAACCACAACAUCCCGGUUACCCUCCAAUACAACCAAAUACAGGAUAUAUUCAUUCUUCAGAGUCUGCAAAUUCAGGAGUUCCACCACGUAGAGUAUCAGAACCAUCCAUGCAUUCACAUUUAAGUGUUAAUGCAGGAUCACGUAAUGGUUCACAUGGUUAUCCUUCAACCCAUGUUAAUGGUCCACCACCGCCAAUAGAAGAACAUCAACAACAACUACUACAACCACAAUCAAAUACAUCUCAUCGUCAUUCAAUGAGUUCACCCAAUUUACCUAAUCCUAAUUUAUUACCUCCAAAUACUUCUGCUCCAACACAAAAGCAUUCGUCUUUACCGAAUAUAUUACCUGCUAAUCAACAUCCAUCACGACAGCAUGUAUCAAUAUCAAAUGGUUUAAAUACUACACCACCUUCAACUUCAAGGGCACCAACAGCUUUACCUCCAAUUCAAUCUACACCACAUCAUCAUCAUGUUUCAAAUACGCAUGCACCACAUCAUCAUCAUCAUUAUCCGUCAGAACAUCAAAACCAUGCACAUCAUGGACAUUCACAUCAUUAUCAUCCAGUAUCACAACCUCCACAACCUUCUUCUGUAUAUAUGUCAGCUCCUCCGUUGGUCCAACAUCAUCAAUACUCCGGGAAAUCAGCUUCACCACAGAUACCUCCUCAAUCUCCCGUGAUGAAUAAUCCUUCACGGCAACCUCCACAAGGUCCACCUGCAAAUCAUUACCAUCAAGGACCACCACAAAGUGGAUCAAAUCGUAUGUCAGGAAUAUCAACAUCACAUCAUCAUCACCACCAUCAUCACCAUUCAACACCUUCAGAUCCUGUUGGUCCACCCAUAAAUAAUAAUCCACCAACAAGUAAUAUUUUAAGAGAACCAUUAACGAGAUUUUUAGAUCAACAAUCUCAGCCAAAUGGGUAUGGAAGUAGUGUACAUCAUCAUCCGAAUGGAGUCCCGGGAGGUCAUAUAGGUGGUCCACCACCAGUUCAAAGAGCAUAUUAUUGAAGGAUGUGAUUUGUGAAUAUUUAUUUUUAUUUUUUUUUUUUAAUUUUUGGACCCUUUUUUAGUAAUUACAUAUUUCAGUAAAUAGUUUCUUGUUUAUAUAUAUAUAUAUAGUAGACUUUACGAUGAUUGACUAAUUAUUAUCUUUACAAAAAAAAUAUUUUGGGAAUUAAUCAUGUAGAGACAAAAAAAAAACAGUGAAAAAAAACUCUAGUAUAAUAAUUUUUUUCUUUUAUGCUUAUAUAUAUAUAUAAUAUUUUUUUAUAC